AGGCUGAUGGUCUUGUGUUGACCCACCUCUAAGGCCGACGAAGGCUGGAUGAUUGGUUGAUCGUCUUGUGUUCGCUGCCUGAUGAAGGUUGCCGCAUUCCAACACGUAGUAGUGUGACAACCGAGGCCAACGGCCUCGGGCAUACAAAUAGAGACCGUUUGGUAACCGCUUGGCCUACAGCAGUAUUAAGGAAUCGCGGUCGCGGCCGCCUUAGAACGGCAUACUGUCGUGAUAGGCCUCGCUUAGCUUCCUCGUGUUUACAGUAGUAGUCUUCCUCUUGAACCAGUGUCAGGAACUCGUUAUGCCCACUUUUUGAAGUGUCUAAAGUGACGUCUAAAGUCGUAACUCGUGACUUCAAAAGUCGUCUUCAACCAGUGGAAGCAACUCGUAAUGUCCACUCUUCGCCGAUCUCUUCUGCGCCUUCAGGCCGCCGUUAUUCUGAUCCCAGCCAUCCUCGUUAUAGGACCACCAUUCGAUGUAAAACACCAGCUCGUUGCAGCGCAGGGCGGAGAUUCGUCCAGCGAGUCAGAUGGGGGAGGAGCGGGAGCAGGCAAUGACGGCUUCGCGGAAUUUUCGCCGCUUUCAUACACUUGUCCGCAGGAAAUGGCGUCUCGCCCUUACUCUGACAGCUUCGAUCCCUCCUCUUUACUAUCCGCCAAGUUCAUAUCCGUGGGUCGCCUCUACGAGCAGCUCAGCAAGGCUCGGCUGCACUUGGGGGAGGUGCUAUCUGUGGCGCUCCAUGCAGGUCGCACCCUCAUCCUGCCGUCCGUUGGCAACAGCCGGAUCGGCACUGUAGCAGAUUAUGCCUUCCCCUUCUGCACUUAUUUCGACCCGGGCAGCCUCGGGCAGUUUGUGCCGUGGGUCUCGGAGGAGUUUUUUUAUGGGCAGGUGGUGCCGGCGUGGCAGGCAGCAGGGCGAGGGGAGGGGAGUGUGGUGGCGCUGGUGCUGGGAGAUAAUAAGAUGAAGGCUUGUGACGUGUAGAGAGCGUCCUACGCUAAGGUCGGGCGCAACACCAACACGCCCGGCCUGCAGCCCAAUGCCGAGCUUCGUUCCAAUGCCUCUCUCCUCCUUAACCGCGCCCUCCUCUCUCCCGCCCUCUGCACCCGCACCUGCACCACUAAACGCCGAGCCAAGCCGCCCGGAGCCGAGGACCUGCUGGUAAAGGACAGAGAUGCUACAGUGCUGCCAGGGGAAGAGCCGAUGGUGGCCCUGGGAAGUAGGGGAGGCGAGGAAGAGGUGGAGGGGAAGAAAGGGAAGGAAGGGCGAGAAAUAGAAGGUAGCAAGGAAGAGACUAUUACUGGCGAAGAGCCCGAUCGGAAUGCUGACGUGGCGGUGGUGUUCAAGUCGUCGCCACUGAUGUGUCUCUCCCGGAUAGGCCGGCUGGCAUCAAAGGCACAGAGGGCCCUGGUGUACCCACCGCACCUGCACCUUGUAGCAGAUCACUUUAUAACGAAGAAUUUCCAAGCAGGUGGGGCGAUGAAUGGAAACGGGGGGGGCACAAAUGGUCAAGAAAGUCAAGGAAGUCAAGGAGGGGGCGCAUUGUUUCUGGCGGCGCACUGGCGGCUGGAGAAGGCGCUGAGGGCGGGAGUGAGGGCGCAGCAGCUGGCAGCGUGUGCGCGGGGGCUGCUGGCGAGUGUGAGGGGGUGGGCGAGGACGGUGGGUAUGGGGGGCGGCAGGGGAGGAGGAGGAGGGGAUGGGGGCAGGAAGGAAAAGGGAGGUGGAAAAACGCUGGCGGUGUUUCUGGCAACAGAUCUGACUCCGGAUGACAGGUGUAUGCCCAACUCGUGCACGGUGCUCAGCACGGAGCGCAGGGACCUGUGGUGCGCCUUGUGGUGCUUGCAGAGUGCUGGUUAUGCUUGGGUAGAGUCUGCCUCAUUGCCGCUAUGCUCUCCUCUCCUUCCCCAACCCACUAGGAACCUGUGGUGCGCCUUGUUAUGCUUGCUAAGGGCGUGUGGCAAGUAGAAGUCGAAACGAUGGGACUGGAACGGAGGUCUUGUACAGUGCGGUACAGUGUGAUUUGUUUUGUUACAAAACAAUUGUUGAGAGGUACAGAGGUAACCGACCGGACGAUGGGAGCGGAGAAUCACUGUGAUCGCACUUGCCACACGCCCUAACAGUGGAUGUCCAACUCGUUCACUGUUCUCAGCAAGGAGCACAGGGACCUCGCUUUGAGAACUGUGCAGCUGCUGCAUGAGGAGCUCCAUCCGAUCACAUGGGCUGCUGUGGACCCCUCAGUGCCUCAGCUGGAUACGGGCGUGCAGGCCAUCCUUGAUAAGCUACUAUGCAUGAAGGCUACAGUGUUUCUUCAUGCGCCUAUGGCUUGCACUGGGGCGCAUGACCCACAUGGCUCAAGCUUUACGGAAGAAAUAUGUGCCAGUAGAGAAGUUGAAGACAAUGAGGCCGGUGGUAGAGGGGAUGGCUCGCUACGCAACAGAUGCACAACGUGGGAUGCGGAUGUGGUUUGAAAUUUUUUAUGCAUACAACCAUACGUGUGUCCUGUAUUAAAUGGAUCCACUGUAC